AUGGAGGUUCUCGCCGACCUCGCGUUUUUACACAACAGCGCCGCCCUGGCAGCCCUUGAAGCCUCGCUCAAAUCUCUGCCAAAAGCACGCUUGAUCGAUGACUUCGACACAACCUUCCAGUACGCCUCAAAAACACGGCCUUCAAUAAACAUACAUCAUCCGUACCGUCUCCACCACGUUCGCAAACCCACCUCCCAAGUAUCCACCGUCGCCCUUUACCUCGGCUUCAGCGCCUCCACCUGCCCCAUCCAGGCUGGCCGUUCCAUCAACAUCUCUGUGGGCCUUACCCCGUCCCACGGCCUCGGGGCCGCGAUGCACCUGAGCCUGAUCUUCCGUUACACCAACACCGCCGGCCGCAUGUCCCACGAUCCCGCGCACGCGACGAACGUGGACGUGUCCGAGGCGAAGGGGAUCAUGAACAAGAAGAACGGGUGGUACGCUCGAUCUCAGAGGUGUCGCGAAACGGUGCACGACCGAGGAGAAGUUGGCCUUCGACCUGCCGGUGGAGAAGUCUCGACACGUUCGUCAUCGCGGAGAGAAGUGGGUAGAGGGCUCGGCGACCCCGUUGAACGUGUAGAUGGCGUCGGCGAUCUUACACUACAGGAGGGCCAACGCGAUCUCGAGCAACGUAUGUCCGGCAUGAACGGGGCGCGACGUACUUGGAAGUUUGCGCGAGGCGUCGGCGCUGGUUGGCUCGCCUUGGGUGGUGGCUGGUGCUGCAAGGGCAGCGGUGAUAGCUCGUGA